UCAUAUUCUCCCAGACUGCUGAGCCGGUCCUGCCAUGGGUCCCUCGGGCGCCUUCCUCGGCAUCCUGUUCUUCUCUGGGGCACUGGGUCUCACCACUUCCCCAGCCAGAGGACAACUCCAGUGUUACACCUGCAGCUUUGCCAAGCCCUGCAACCCGGUGCUCACAGAGUGCCAGGAGGACGAGGUGUGUGGCAUCAGUGUUGGCACCUCAGAUCAGGAGGAUGAGGUCAUCGAGCGGAAAGGCUGCCUCCCUAGGACCCAGUGCCCUCUGCUGGGCCGUGCCACAUACUGGUCACAGCCCUACGCUCUCCGCCACAAGUGCUGUGAGCAGAACCUGUGCAAUACGGCAGCCUCGCAGCGACUCCCAAGCCAUCCCCACGCCACCCUCCUGCUCCUUGGUGCCAUCUUUGCCUGGGCUGCACAUAUCUUCAUCUAGCCUGUGAGCUGUGGCUGUCAACCCAGGACUCCGACGUCAUCGUGGACCUGGGGACCCCUGCACAGAUGUUUCUGAGGCACACUUGCUCAAGAGUGUGGCUUUGUAUAAAGAACCCAACACCUCUACAGACCCCUCCUAAGACCCGAUUUCUACAGCUGGAGUUCCCAUCCCAGCAUGCAUGUGUCCGGAGCCUCGCCCCAUAAGAAACCCCUGUUGUCUUUUCUCUAGGUGUCCCGGGUCAGCCACCCUCGAGGAGCUGUGGGUCCCAGGCAAAGGGACAGAAGUGGCAUAGGACUGGUGAGGGGUGGAGUUCUGUUAGGAAAGAUGUAACUUGGUACCUGAGGGUCUCAAGAACGGAAGGCUACCUUGGGGAACUAUGAAGA